UCUAAAAUUUAUCUGUGUAUUUACUACCAGAAUCAACACCAAAACGAAACGCCACUUACCCACUUCGCUUCUCUGAUUUCUCUCUGUCUCUCUCUUCUCUCUGAGAGUUUGAGAUUUUCCGUUUUUUUUUUUUUUUUGUGUAAGGCGGUGCAGGGUUGCGGUGGUGGUGGUGCCGUGGUGGUGGCGCAAUGGCGGCUCCUUCGGCGCUCCCGGGGGCGUCGGCGUCGCUGUACGUCGGCGACCUCCGUCAUGAUGUCACGGACGGACAGCUCUUCAACCACUUCUCGGAGUUCAAGAGCCUCACCUCCGUCCGCGUCUGCCGUGACUUGGCCUCCGGCCGCUCCCUCUGUUACGGUUACGUCAACUUCAUCUCUCCUCACGACGCUGUUCGUGCUAUUGAGGUGAAGAAUCACACCAUGUUGAAUGGGAAAGCGAUAAGGGUCACGUGGUCUCAUCGUGAUCCUGGUGCAAGGAAAAGUGGAAUUGGGAAUGUAUUUGUCAAGAACUUGAGUGACUCAAUUAAUAAUGCAAAACUUCAAGAGAUGUUUCAAAAAUUUGGGAAUAUAUUGUCUUGCAAAGUUGUCGUGUCUGAUGAUGGGAGGAGCAAAGGAUACGGUUUCGUCCAGUUUGAAUCUGAGGAGUCUGCAAAUGCUGCUAUUGACAAGCUUAAUGGAUUCCAUAUUGGAGGCAAGCAAAUGUAUGUCAACAAGUUUGUAAGAAGGAGUGAUCGGAUUUUACCUGAUGCUAAAUAUACUAAUCUGUACAUAAAGAAUUUGGAUACAAAUGUCACAGAAGACUUUCUUAAGAAGAAGUUCUCUGAGUUUGGGAAAAUUCUUAGCUUAGUUAUCUCAAAGGAUGACCAUGGGGAGUCCAAAGGUUUUGGAUUUGUGAACUUCGAUAACCCAGAUGAUGCCAGGAGGGCAAUGGAAGCUAUGAAUGGAUUGCAACUUGGAUCAAAGAUUCUGUAUGUGGCUCGAGCACAGAAGAGGGCAGAACGCGAGCAGAUUCUGCGCAAUCAAUUUGAGGAGAAACGCAAGGAGAAAAUCAUGAAAUACCAGGAUUCAAAUGUUUAUGUCAAGAAUGUUGAUGAUGGUGUCACUGAUGAUGAGCUGCGAGGACACUUUGCCCAGUGUGGCACGAUCAUCUCUGCAAAAUUAAUGCGAGAUGAAAAAGGAAUUAGUAAAGGAUUUGGGUUUGUGUGCUUCUCUAAGCCUGAAGAGGCCAAUAAAGCUGUUGCUACUCUUCAUGGAUUCAUGUUCCAUGGAAAGCCACUAUAUGUGGCUAUAGCUCAAAGAAAAGAGGAGAGGCUAGCCCAAUUACAGAUUCAGUAUGCUCAGCAUAUGGCAGGACUAAUGGGAUCUUCAACUGUUAUUCCUGGGUUAUAUCCUUCUCUUUACUAUACAGCUCCUCCUGGUGUUGUUGCGCAAGUACCUCCACAAUUGGGGUUGAUAUAUCAUCCUGUGCCAGGAUGGAGAGCUAAUGGCUUUGGAUCUUCAAUUGGACCAGUUUUUCAUCCAUCACGACGUCCAAUGAUUUCUAAUACUCCAAGGCAACAGAGACAAAACAGAGGAAGAAUGAAUGGUCAACGAACGCAGGGUGGUGGUCGUUUUUAUUAUGUUUCUCAUGUGCAACAGUCCUCAGAGUCGGUGAAUACAUCAAAUGAUUCAAGCAAUCAACAGACUGGGAUGGCUAGGUAUGUGUCAAAUGGACUUGCACGGGAGAUGACUAAAGGAUCUGAAGUCUCAUCUGUUGUUCCCAUUUCUGGUGGAGCUGGGUAUGAGGGCUCAGAGAUGUUGAGCAGCAGACUUGCUGCAGCUCCCCCUGAGCACCAAAAGCAGAUUCUUGGAGAGUGGCUUUACCCUCUAAUGGAGAAAUACAAGCCUGAUCUUGCUGCAAAGGUAACAGGGAUGCUUUUGGAGAUGGACAACUCAGAACUGCUUCUCUUAUUGGAGUCGCCAGACUUGCUGGCUGCCAAGGUAGAAGAGGCCGUGCAGGCACUGAAUCUCUCGAGGACAACGGUAUCCGGCCAAGACUCGCUUCAGCCUAGUUACCUCUCUGCUGAAGUUGCAGUUAGCUGAAAGCAUAAUUGCUGUUGCCUGAGUUUUUGGACAAUUAAGUUCAGUAGUUACCUACCGUCAGUGGACCACAUGCAUACAUAUAUCCUUUUAGUCUUAUUUCGCAGCAUAAAAUGCUACUAUAUAUUUGAACAUUAGUUAUUUCUCUGCCAAGGGAUUGGACUGGACUUGAUAGCUCGUCUGAUAUCUGGUAAUGGCAGUGUUGGUUGUAGUUCUUAAAAAUUAGUGUCCAAUUGAUUGAUUCUCUCCAUCAGCUGGUUUUGGG